UGGAAAAGUGUACCGCAAGACAGACGCACACACAUGCAAACAAACUGGAGCACGGUAGAGUUCAAAUCGACACAGACUGGGAUCUUGCCGAGCUGCGUUUGAAGCGGGAAGGAGAAGAGAAACAGAAGUACCGGAGCUUUGGCUGAGAACAGUGACAGCAUGCUUUCCGAUGUCCGAUGUGUGGAUGAUUCAGGAGAGGGCAGAGGGCCUUUAAAGUGGGACCUGUGAGGCCAUCUGCAGGGAAAUGCGCUGACGUCAGAGAUUUGCAUUUCAAACCUGUGGACAGAAGUGGAUGAGGAGGAGGAUGCAGUGACUAUUCAAAAGAAGCCGGGUUUACAUAGAUCCGAGCAGGCUGUCAGUGUGGAGUAGUGCUGGAGGCUGCGGGCUGCUGUGUGCUGUGGGAAGUUCCUGAGAGUGCAGAGUGGCAGUCAUUCACAGAGAAACUCUUGUACAGAAAGUGUACUGGCGCUCUUUCACGGAAAGGAUAUAAAAACGCAACCUCACACAUCCGCCUCUUUGCCCGGGUGUGUUCGUUGUGGCUGUGCCUCAGGGAUUUGAAGGAGGAGGGUGUUUGGGUUCGGUGCUGGAGUGAUGGUUGUGGUGUGGCCACCUCAGGAGUGGGCCUUCCAGGCUCUUCUCCUGCUAACUGGACUGGCAUCACUGAGCUGUGGGUCUGAUGCCAACAUGUUGGACUCCAUGCUGCCUAAGAACGGAGGGAAAAGGGGAUCGGAGCGAAGGGUAGAGGACAGCCGCAGCACAGCCCAGUUUUCAGCUCAGAAGAUGCUUUGGUGUCACUGCUACCACCACUGCACCGCAGACUCUGUCAACAACACAUGCAUGACUGAUGGUUAUUGCUUCACCAUGGUUGAACAGGAUGACGGGGGUCAUGCGGUUGUCACUGCAGGUUGUUUGGGUCAAGCUGGCUCCGAGUUCCAGUGCAGGGACAAGUGGAAUCCAGGUUGGAGGAGAGUUAUCAAGUGUUGCGCAGAUCAGGAUUACUGCAACAGAGACUUGCAUCCUACUCUUCCUCCACUCAUCACAACAGAUUACGUUGACAGCAGUAUCCAGUACAUGGCUCUAUUCACUUCAAUCACAGUCUGCAGUAUCAUCCUUUGUCUCAUCCUCGUCUUCUGUUACUUCAGAUAUAAGCGGCAGGUGUCAAGACCACGCUACAGUAUUGAUCUGGAGCAGGAGGAGAACUACAUCCCCCCUGGGGAGUCCUUGAAGGACCUGAUGGAGCAUUCACGCAGCAUCGGGUCGGGCUCUGGGUCAGGACUCCCUCUACUGGUGCAACGCACUAUCGCCAAGCAGAUUCAGAUGGUGAAGCAGAUCGGAAAAGGGCGAUACGGAGAGGUCUGGAUGGGCAAGUGGAGAGGAGAGAGAGUGGCUGUUAAAGUCUUCUUCACCACCGAAGAAAACAGCUGGUUCAGAGAGACUGAAAUAUAUCAGACGUUCUUAAUGAGACAUGACAAUAUAUUAGGAUUCAUAGCAGCAGAUAUUAAAGGAACCGGCUCAUGGACUCAGCUCUACCUUAUCACAGACUACCAUGAGAAUGGAUCUUUAUACGAUUACCUCAAGUCCAACACCUUAGACGUCAAGGCUCUGCUCAAACUGGCCUACUCGUCAAUAUCAGGCCUCUGUCACCUGCACACUGAGAUAUAUGGCACACAGGGCAAACCGGCCAUCGCACACAGAGACCUGAAGAGUAAAAACAUCUUGGUAAAAAAAAAUGGAUUCUGUUGUAUAGCAGACCUUGGACUAGCGGUCAAGUUUAACAGUGACACCAAUGAGGUGGAUAUCCCUCCUAAUCUACGAGUUGGUACGAAGCGAUACAUGCCGCCUGAAGUGUUGGAAGAAACCCUGAACAGGACUUACUUCCAGUCUUUUAUAAUGGCUGAUAUGUAUAGUUUUGGCCUCAUCGUUUGGGAGAUGGCGCGACGUUGCAUCUCUGGAGGCAUUGUGGAGGAGUAUCAGCUGCCCUAUCAUGACCUUGUGCCCACUGAUCCGUCCUAUGAGGACAUGAUAGAAGUUGUCUGCAUUAAGAAACAAAGACCUUCAUUUGCUAACCGCUGGACAAGUGAUGAGUGUCUAAGGCAGAUGGGAAAACUGAUGUCCGAGUGCUGGGCUCACAACCCGGCCCCUCGCCUCACGGCCCUGAGGGUGAAGAAGACCCUAGCAAAGAUGUUAGAGACCCAAGACAUCAAACUGUGACAGAGAGUGAAGAUCUCAUCACCAGAGACUUGUCACUGCCACUGGCACAGCACCACUUACAGUGGGGCAAAAAAGUAUUUAGUCAGCCACCAAUUGUGCAAGUUCUCCC